AUGGCUACUGAUCCAGAUCCAGUGCAAACCCCUCCUGGCAGUGCGCCAACACUAGGCUUAUCUAGCACUGCAUCUACAGCCAACCAAGUAAAUGAUGUUGUGGCUGAGCCAACUGACCCAGCCUGGAAGCACUGCACAAUGCCUGAUGUGAACAAGAAGAAUUCUCUGAAGUGUAACUAUUGUAACAACAUCUAUAAUGGUGGCAUUACUAGAAUCAAGUAUCACCUUGGCAAAGUUCCUGGUUUUGGUGUUGCAAAGUGCAAUAAAGUCCCAUCUGAUGUGCAAAGUUCCAUGGUUCAGUUGCUGUCAAAGAAGUUGGACAUCAAGCAAAAGAAAAAACAGGACAAAGAAGAUGACAGAGCUGAAGUUGAUCUGAGUCAUUCUGAAGGAGAGGAACAAAGUGAUGGAGAAGGCAAUUCAGUGAUUGUGCUGAAGAAGGUGAGCAGCAAAGGAACAUCUUCAGGUGGUCCUAUGGACAAGUUCUGUAAACUUACACCAGAAGAAAUAGUUGCUGCAAGGAAGGGGAAAUCUGGUGUUGAAAGUAAGGUUCAGUCCAAGCUGUCUACUGAAAAAAGAGAGGAGAAGAGGGACAGGGCAUGUGAGUACAUUUGCCAAUUUUUUUAUGAAGCAGGGAUCCCACACAACACUGUUUCAUUGCCUAGCUUUGAUCUUAUGCUUGAGGCUAUAGGAGAUUUUGGCAGAAAUUUGAGAGGCCCAACUCCAUAUGAGAUGAGUGGGAAAUUCUUACAGAAAAGGAAAAGGAAAGUACAGGAGUCAUUGAAGUCUCAUCAAGAAUCUUGGGAGCUACAUGGUUGCUCAAUUAUGACAGAUGCUUGGACAGACAAGAGAGGUAGAGGUGUGAUGAACUUGGUAGUUCAUAGUGCAUAUGGUAUUUAUUUUCUUGAUUCAGUGGAUUGCUCAGCUGAGAAGAAAGAUGGCAGAUACAUCUUUGACCUGGUUGAUAGAUGUAUUGAGGAAAUAGGGGUGCAAAAUGUAGUCCAAGUUGUGACUGACAAUGCAAGGGCAAAUGAGGCUGCUGCAAGUCUAUUGAAAGCAAAGCACCCAUCUAUUUUCUGGACUGGUUGUGCUGCCCGUACUAUAGACCUCAUGCUAGAAGAUAUAGGAAAGUUGCCAAAAGUUGCAGCAACAAUUAGCAAAGCAAAGUGCCUGACUGUUUUCCUAUAUGCCCAUACUAGAGUUUUGGACCUAAUGAGGAAGUACCUUUCUAGAGAUUUGGUGAGGUGUGGGGUAACAAGGUUUGCUACGGCUUAUCUCAACUUGAAAAGCUUGUUGGAAAACAAGAAGCAAAUUCUGAGGCUAUUUAGGGAAGAUGAACUCAAUGAGUUAGGGUACCUAAAGAGUGUCAAAGGGAAGAAAGCACACAAGAUUGUAACCUCUGAUAGUUUCUGGAGAGGAGUUGAGGCUGCUGUUAAUUACUUUGAGCCACUAGCUACUGUGUUGAGGAGAAUGGACAGUGAUGUGCCAUCAAUGGGGUUCUUGUAUGGCUAUCUAGUAGAGGCUAAGAAUGAGAUUGCUAGGAGAUUCAACGUUGACAGGAAGAAAUAUGAGGAAGUUUUUCAUUUCAUUGACAAAAGGUGGGAUAGUAAGAUGAAGACACCUUUGCAUAGGGCUGGAUACUAUUUGAAUCCUUUUUACUAUUAUCAAAAUAAGGUUGAAAUAGAGGAUAAUGAGUCAUUUAGGGAUGGUGUAAUAACUUGCAUCACAAAGCUUGUGAGAGAUGCCGACACUCAGGACAAAAUUAUUGAAGAGCUUCAAAAGUUUCAGGAUGCAGAGGGAUCAUUUGGCAAAGAAAUUGCCAAAAGGCAGUGCAAAAACAUUCAUUUUGAUCCAGCUAAGUGGUGGCUGAACCAUGGAAGUAGUGCACCAAACUUGAGAAAGUUAGCUGCCAGAAUUCUCUCUUUGACAUGCAGUUCAUCAGCUUGUGAAAGAUGUUGGAGUUUUUUUGAACAAGUCCACACAAAGAAAAGAAAUAGGCUGCUUCAUGACAGAAUGAGGGACCUUGUAUACAUCAAGUUCAACUCAAAAUUAAAGCAAAAGAAGGACAACAAGGAUAAGGAUCCCCUUGAAGUGCAUAUGGUUGAUGCAUUAGAAGAUGAAGACAAUGAGUGGAUCACUGGCAUUGAGCCAACAGAAGUAGAUCAUGAUCAAGAGGGAGAAACUGCAGCUGCAUCUCAAAGAGAAGAAACAAGGAGGGGAGGUCAAAGGAACAAAAAAAGGAAGAGGUUUAUCCAUAUCCCUACUGCUACGGAUGAUGAAGACAUCAGUGUUGCAUCUUCUGAUGGAGAAGACGACAAUGAUAUGCCAUCCCCAUCCUUUCCAAGUUCAGAUUCUAAAGCCCAAAGUGACUAA